CAGCAGCACAUCUCACCAUCCAAAGAGCAUCCUUUAAGACACAACGUGUGCUUUAUUCCCUACUUUAAACGCCGCAACAAUGCAUUUAACUCUUCAACUACUGACUUUUUGCCUUCUUGGCUCAGCACUGCAAAGCAAAGUCACAGCCACAACUACUAACCCCCCCAGCACCACCCCAACCACAACUACUAAAGCCCCCACAAUCACCCCAACCCCAGCCCCAACCCCAACUACUAAAGCCCCGACAACCAGCCCAACCCCAGCCCCAACCCCAACUACUAAAGCCCCCACAACCACCCCAACCCUAACCACAACUACCAAAUCCACCGCAUCCACCACACCAAGUGGUACUACCAUCACAGCCUCAGCUGCUACAACUUCUCCAGCUACUGAGCCCCCGAAAGGGCUUUCAGCUGGGGCUAUUGCCGGUAUUACAGUCGGCUCUAUCGCCGGGGUGGCUGCUAUAGGUGGUGGUAUCUUUGGUGCGCUGAAGUUUGCUGGGAAAGUCUGAAGUGGGGUACAAAAAAACAGAUCCUGAGAUUCGUAUCUCGACUCUGUUAACUGGACUUUGAAAAAGUUUUAUUGUCUGAAAAGCCCAAAGCAGAAGAUGAUGUCAUGGGCCAAGAGGAAGACAUAAAAGUACAUUUUACUUUGCUGGUUCAGUUGUCUGACUUCAGUAAAUAAUCCUUAGCUGAUAAAAACUAAAACUAAAACUAAAUUUUAAAAAACUUGAUAUGAUAGAAAAUGUAUUUAACAUUUUUUUGAGGAAGUUUUUUUUGGUUUAGUUUUUCUUUUGGGAAAGAAUGGAAACUGCUGGUCUAAAGGGAUUAACAUAAUAAGACAAGAGUUUGAUUUAAAAACAAUUUAUUUCUAUUAAAGGGAAUGUUCACUCCUUUGGCAUUUAUGUUUAACCAUAAGGAGAUGUUUUU